AUGUCAUCAACAACAGCAGCAUCAAAUCUUUUUGAAAUAAAAGAUGAAGAAGCUAAUGAAUCAUUUUUACUUGGUAAACGAGAUGUAUUAUUGAAUAAUUAUCAAUCAGCAUGUGAUCAUUUAUCAAAAACAUGUGAACGAAUUGUUAAAUUACGUGAAAGUGAUACAACACCUGAACUUGCUGAACCUUACUUCUAUUAUGGUCAAGCAUUACUUUAUCUUGGUCUUGGUGAACAACAAGUAUUCGGUAGUGAUAUUGUAAAAGAUACAGAUAAUGAUGAAAAUGAAAAUAUUGAAGAAGAAGAUGAAAAUGAUGGAGAAGAAGAAGAAGGUGAAAAUGAAGAUGAUUCUAUUCCACAUGAUGAAAAUGUUAAUGAUCUUGAACGUGCUUUUGAAAUUCUUGAAUGUGCACAUAUGAUAUAUACAAAAAUGUCUGAAACAAAUUCCAAUGAUGCACAUAUUAUUACGCGUAUAGCUGAUAUUCAUGUUAUGCUUGCUGAUAUUUGUAAUGAAAAUGGUGAUCAUGAAAAUGCUCUAUCACAUGUACUUAAAGCAAUUGAAUUACAAGAAACAAUAAAUGAACAGCAACGUUAUCGUUUACUUGCUGAAAGUUAUUAUAAAUUAGGUUUAAUUUAUGAAUUAAUUCAUAAAUUUUCUGAUGCUAUUGAUAGUUUUAAUAAAGCUAUUGAUGGUAUUAAUCAAGCUAUAAAAGAAUUAGAUGGUGAUGAUAAAGAAAAUGAACGUGAAGAACUUAAAUCACUUUUACCAUCAAUUGAACUUAAACGUAAUGAUGCACAAGCAUCAAUUGCUGAUCAACAUUUAAUUAUUCAAGCAAGAAAAAUUCUUUCAGGAACAGAUAAUACAACAGAAAAUAAAACAAUUGAUAUUCCAGCUAAAGAUAUAACAUUAAAUAUUCGACAUAAACGACCAGUUACUGAAACAGAAAAUGAUGAUGAAACAAAUAAGAAAGCUAAAUUAGAAUAA